AUGAAGUCAUUCUCCACCUCUUUUCUUUCUGGUGCAGCCAUUUUCUCGGCGGUGUCAGCCUUAGCUACUCCACAGUUGUCUGUUGAAAAACGAGCUGCAAUUGAUGGUCUUCCUACCGGCGGAGUAGUGUCCAACGGCGUGGCAUUUGGAUUUCUUCCGUCAGAUGGCUACCAAGUGGCAUCUCCAGCCUACACCAUGGCACAAAUAAACAGCAAGCUCGGCGGAAAAGCUAGUACUUAUGGAUGGUAUGCGCAAAUAUCGUCUAGUACAUUUACUGGAUCCCAACUUCUUCAAUGUCUAGAUGAUGUUGUUGCUUCCGGUGCUGUGUUCCAGCCGGCGGUGAUGCCGACUAUUCCAUUUAGUCAGGUGACUAGUAGUGUAGCUAGUCAGGUUGCAGGUGUAUUGGAACAAUUCACUGCAAAGGGUGUAGAAGUUUGGCUGAGAUUUGGUCAUGAGAUGAAUUACUACGUUACGGAUGGCAUAUAUCAUGGAACGGCAGCCGAAUUUGUUACUGCUUGGAAGAAUAUCCAUGCAGCUGUCUCCUCCAAUCCCAAGAUCAAAAUGUACUGGUCUCCCAAUGUGGACACUUCAUCUGCUCCAGUUGCACCAUACUGGCCAGGCGCAUCUUACGUCGAUGUCGUAGGCGUCGAUUGCUACCCCACUUCAUCCCCACUCUCUUCCUCCGCGUUCUCAGGCUGCUACGACAAUUUCUACAAGACCUACUCCGCUGCUUAUAACAUCCCAUUCGCCAUCGGUGAGACAGGCUACGCUGGAUCUUCUGGAAAUGCUGCGUGGAUUGGCCAAUUGGUGAAUCAAGAUAUGUGCGAAUAUCCAAAUUACAUUGCAGCAUCAUGGUUUGAGUAUGACAAAGAAGCGGACUUCUUGAUUGUGGAGGGAAGCCCAUCAAUUUUGUCUUCUGCCCAACAGUUGCUCUUACACAAUACGAAGACGGGUUGCGGUCCUGCUGCAAACGCGUCUGAUCCCUCUACCUCUACCUCUACUACCGUCGGGAGCACACCAACAACACUUGCGACUAAAACAGCCAGCGCUACUACCACUAGGUCUGCCAGUCAAACCGGAGCUUGUACUUGGGGCUGUAAUGGAUGGGAUUGUAGUGCAAGCAUUCCUUGCAACGCUGACUAUACUUGCAUGAGUGGUUAUUGCCAUUGA